AUUGUUUUAAAGAUAUCAUAAUUAGAUAUAAGGAAAGUGUCGAAUAUUCAGUGAUGUGGAAUGUCGAAAAUAUUAAACAGUAUCUACGUUUGACUGAAAUAAAAAGAGGAUGACCACAAUGACGUCUUUCGUACCGCUGGAGAAAAUGCAAAGUUUCAAAUGUGCCCUUUGCGACUACUUCCUGACAAUACCUCCAAUCAUGUGUCUAGGCAAAGACGCGAACAAAUAUAAAUGUGGAAGAUGCGUACACAUUCCAUCAGAAGCGUCCAUAAGAAAUAUCCUUUUCGAGAAAUUAGCCGAACAAUCUACUUUUCCCUGUACUUUUCCAGUCUGCGAAGAAGUUUUAACUUGGGGAACAGUCGAGGAACACGAAAAAGUGUGUCAACACAAACUAUUGAAAUGCCCUGUGUCUUGGAGCUGCACGGAAGUCGUUAGCGUACUAGAUCUAGCUAAACAUUGUCUCAAGUUCCACAAAAAAAAUGUCGGCGUUGAUCAAAUAACGAGUACCAUUCAAGAAACUUUAGAUAAGAAGAGAAUCACUGUAAUGUUACUUCUGGUACAGGAUAUACCGUUUUUAUUAUUCAAAGUAGUGACUUCGGAUAAUAUUUGGAUCAAAGUUUUUUCAUUGCGACCGUGCGAAAAUUUUAAAUACGAAAUUAUCGCCAGUAGCGAUACCAACGAAUGCUGUUUGUCUUUCAAGAAUCCCGUAGAGGUGUAUGUAGAAAACAAACAUUGUAAAAAAUGCACUUUGAAUGAAUGCGACAAUAAACUUCACAAAAAAUACAAGAAAAAAAUCGACGACGCUCUAGCAGAUAAUGGUUUUCAUAAAAUUACUAGAGAUAUAGUAAAAGAAUUGAACAUUAAGGAAUUAAAAUGUAGAGUUAUCUUAGAAACAAUAAAUUAGAUAAAACAAC